CUGUAAAACAGAGUCAUCUUCUACCGACUCAGAAUCAUCAUCAAGAAAAUUCUCUCUCGAGAAAAAUGGCCACACGUUUCACCAUUACCUUACUCUAUUGUCUCCCUUUCUCGAUGAUCCUUGCUUCUUGUGCUCAAGAACCUCAAUCUGAACCAGAGCUACCCGGUUACCUGAGUUUCGUCUCCAACGCCACCAUCUUCCCACCGGAAGAUUACUACGACUACAUCAUCGUCGGCGGCGGCACUGCCGGCUGUCCCCUCUCGGCCACUCUGUCCUAUAGACACCGCGUCCUUGUCCUCGAACGCGGCGGCAUUCCCAAUGACAAACCCAACCUUAUGACCCAAGACGGCUUCUUGACUACUCUCAACGACGCCAACAGUUACGACUCUCCGGCGCAAUCCUUCACCUCCGAAGACGGCGUCCCUAACGCCCGCGGACGCGUUCUUGGAGGAAGCAGCGCCAUCAACGCCGGCUUCUACAGCCGAGCCGACGCCGACUUCUUCGCCAACUCAGGUCUUUCGUGGGACCUCAAGCUCGUCAAUGAAUCAUACCAGUGGGUCGAGAAGGCCAUCGUCUUCGAACCACAGCUCAAGACGUGGCAAUCGGCGGUUCGCGACGCGUUGCUCGAAGCCGGCGUUGAUCCUUACAAUGGUUUCAGUUUAGAUCACUACAUUGGAACAAAAAUCGGAGGAUCAACAUUCGAUAGCUCAGGAAGAAGACACAGUUCUGCAGAUCUUUUAUCGUAUGCCAGGGCUUCUAAUAUCAAAGUCGCUGUUUACGCUAGCGUCGAGAGAGUUCUUCUUGCCUCUUCGUCUUCUUCCUUUGCUGAUUCGAAGCAAACUGCGAUAGGUGUUGUUUAUCGUGACCAAUUAGGGAGGCACCACCAUGCUAUGACUCGCGACAAUGGCGAGGUGAUUCUUUGUGCUGGCGCCAUUGGAAGCCCUCAACUUCUUCUUCUGAGUGGGAUCGGUUCAAGACCUUAUCUAUCUUCGUGGGGAAUUCCGGUGGCCCAUCAUCUUCCCUACGUCGGACAGUAUCUCUACGAUAAUCCUCGAAAUGGGAUCAACAUUGUCCCUUCGAUUCCACUAGAGUCCUCUCUGAUAGAAGUUGUGGGAAUCACAGAUUCAGGGGCUUACAUUGAAGCAUCCUCGAACCUCGUCCCCUUCACUUCCUCUUUCCCUCACUCCUUGUUCAUCGGAGCGCCAUUGUCUCCAAUUUACAUCAUGGUGGCUUCCAUAGUGACGAAGAUAGCAGGGCCGGUGUCAAGCGGGUUUCUCCGGCUGUCCUCGACGGACGUGAAGCUGAAUCCGAUUGUAAGAUUCAACUACUUCAGCAACCCUAUCGACAUCGGGAGGUGCGUGAACGGGACAAGGAAGAUCAGCGAGGUGUUGAGAAGCAGAGCCAUGAGAGAUUUCAAGUUCAGAAACUGGUUAGGGGGCGAGGAUUUCAGGUUCGUGGGGCCGGCAUUGCCGAUUGACGAGAGCAACUUUGGUGAGAUGGAGGAAUUCUGUCGCCGGACGGUGAGCACGAUAUGGCACUAUCACGGCGGAUGCGUGGUGGGGAGUGUGGUAGACGGCGAUCUCAGAGUGAUAGGGAUUGAGUCUCUUCGUGUUGUGGAUGGAUCAGUGUUUGGUGUAUCUCCAGGAACUAACCCUCAGGCCACCUUAAUGAUGCUUGGAAGGUAUAUGGGGUUGAAGAUGAUCAGAGAAAGGGCCAGACGCAGAUGAUUGGAUUGGGUUGAAGUUUUGAAGAUAAGUGUUCAUACAGAGAAGGAUCCAUUUGAUGAGAAUGAGCACUAGUUGUUUUCGUUUGGUUAUUUUGGGCCACACAAGUUUUGUAGCUUUUGUAAACACUGAAUAACACCACUAUGUAUAUAUAUUUGCUUUCAUUGUGACGAGAAUAAGUGAACAGUGAAAUUUUAGACCAAUAAUAUCAUUGGGCUUCACAUGUUGUAUUA